CGCCCUCCCCCUUCCCGCGCGCCGGGGAGGGAGAGUGCGCGCGCCCGGCCGCCUUUCGCCAGACAGGCAUACUCGCCGCAAGGGGGCUGGCGCCGGCCGGAGCGACCUGGGCCCCGGAAGGUACCGUACGAGCAGGAGUUGCCGGUGACAGGGGCAGGCCAGGGAAAGCCGCCGCCGCGUUGGCUACGAAGAACAGCGGCCAGAGGAGGAAGAAAGAGCCUGUGGCGGCUGAGGGAAAGCUGGAGCUGCUGUGGCUGCCGCCGCCCUUGCUUGUCCAGGCUAACUUUUGAUCAUCUGAUAGAGCCUUCCAAGGAAACCAGGAGAAAAGAUGGUUUGUACAAAUAAGCUUACAUAGCCAGAAUGAAAUUAGAAGAGUUCUCUGGAAAAAAGCAAAAAUGUAAGCUCUUCCUUUUUCAAGGACCACAUGGUUAUGAGAUUUAAAGUCCAUUAUGCCUCCUGCCAUGGCAGAUGCCCUAGACAUCUGGGCAGUAGAUUCACAGAUAGCAGCUGAUGGCUUAAUAUCUGUGGACUUCCUGCUUCCCACUGGAAUUUACAUCAGUCUAGAUGUCCCACGUGAUGCCACUAUCGGUCUUAUAAAACAGCUAUUAUGGAAGGAAGCACAGAGUUACCCUCUGUUUCAUCUUCUUAUGGAGAUCGACUCCUAUAUGUUCUCUUGUGUGAACCAAACAGCGGUACGUGAAGAACUGGAAGAUGAGACACGCAGGCUCUGUGACGUUAGACCGUUCCUUCCUGUCCUUCAACUAAUUACAAGAAGCUGCAACCCAGGGGAAAAAUUGGACUCUAAAAUAGGUGUCCUCAUAGGAAAAGGCCUCCAUGAGUUUGAUGCCCUACAAGACCCAGAAGUCAAAGAAUUCCGGAUUAAAAUGCGGCGAAUCAGUGAAGAGAAGAUGCAGUCACUUGUGGGGCUGUCUUGGAUGGACUGGUUGAAGUACACUUACCCACCGCACCUAGAGCCAGCAACACAGGAAAACCUCCAAGAUAAACUUUAUGGCGGCAAUCUAGUUGUGGCUGUUCAUUUUGACAACUGCCGGGACGUAUUUAGUUUUCAGGUGUCUCCUAAUAUAAACCCUAUCAAGCUGAAUGAACUAGCAAUUCGUAAACGUUUAACUAUCCAUGGAAGAGAAGACGAAGAAGUUGAUCCUUCUGACUAUGUUCUGCAAGUUAGUGGAAGACUGGAAUAUGUUUUUGGGGACCAUCCAUUAAUUCAGUUCCAGUAUAUCCAUCGUUGUGUGAUGAGCAGAGCCCUUCCUCAGCUCACUCUUAUUGAAUGCAGCACCAUAAAAAAAAUGUGUGAUCAGGAAAUGGUGGCUAUAGAAGCUGCCAUAAACCGAAAACCAGGCAACCCUCCUGUUCCUCUACCACCCAAAAAAACACGUUUGACUCAAAGUGUAUGGGAUAUUAACAAUCCUUUCAAGGUAGUCCUAGUGAAUGGCAACAAGUUGAACACAGAAGAGACAGCUAAGGUUCAUGUCAGGGCUGGUCUCUUCCAUGGAACUGAGCUCCUUUGCAAGCCUAUCGUAAGCUCAGAAAUAUCUGGGAGAAAUGACCAUGUUUGGAACGAACCCUUGGAAUUUGAUAUCAACGUCUGUGAUUUGCCAAGAAUGGCUAGGCUGUGCUUUGUGGUCUAUGCUGUGAUGGAUAAAAAGAAAAAAAAUAAUCCAAGCAAGACACUUAAUCCGUCCAAAUACCAGACCAUUAGGAAAGCUGGCAAAGUGCACUACCCUGUCGCCUGGGUCAAUACUAUGGUGUUUGAUUUUAAAGGACAAUUGAAAACUGGAGACCUCGUACUGUACAGCUGGUCGUCAUUUCCUGAUGAACUUGAAGAAAUGUUGAAUCCAAUGGGAACUGUGCAGACAAAUCCAUACACUGAAAAUGCAACAGCUUUGCAGAUCAAAUUUCCAGAGUAUUCCAAAUUUCCUAUUUAUUACCCUCCCUUUGAUAAGAUACUUGAAAAGGCAGCUGAAAUUGCAAGAAAUAAUGAUAGCUCUGGUAUGGCAGGCCGUGGUGGCAAAAAGUUCUACAUUGAGCUAAAGGAGAUUAUGGAAAGGGACCCCUUGUCUCAGCUCUGUGAAAAUGAAAUGGAUCUCAUUUGGACUUUACGGUAUGACUGUCGUGAAAACUUCCCACAAUCCCUGCCAAAGCUGUUGCUCUCUGUCAAAUGGAACAAACUUGAAGAUGUUGCUCAGCUUCAGGCUCUUCUCCAGAUAUGGUCCAAGCUGCCUCCCAGAGAAGCAUUAGAGUUACUGGAUUUCAAUUAUCCAGAUCAAUAUGUAAGAGAAUAUGCAGUAGGCUGUUUAAGGCAGAUGAGUGAUGAAGAACUUUCUCAGUAUCUUCUGCAGCUUGUGCAAGUAUUGAAAUAUGAACCUUUUCUCGACUGUGCUCUCUCCAGGUUCCUGCUAGAGAAAGCUCUGGCAAAUAGGAGGAUAGGACAGGUGCUGUUUUGGCAUUUGAGAUCAGAAGUGCACAUACCUGCCAUUUCAGUGCAGUUUGGUGUGAUACUUGAAGCUUACUGCCGUGGAAGCAUUGCUCACAUGAAAGUACUUUCCAGACAGGUUGAAGCAUUGAAUAAGAUGAAGACUUUGAAUAGUAUAAUAAAACUGAAUGCUGUGAAACAAAGCAGAGCCAAAGGAAAAGAUGCAAUGCACACCUGUUUAAAACAAAGGACCUACAAAGAAGCCCUUUCCAAUCUCCAGUCCCCUCUGAAUCCUUCCGUUUUGCUUUCAGAACUGUAUGUGGAGAAAUGUAAAUACAUGGACUCUAAAAUGAAGCCCUUGUGGAUCGUAUACAACAAUAAAGUGUUUGGUGGAGAUCUGGUAGGGAUCAUCUUUAAAAAUGGAGAUGAUCUACGGCAAGACAUGUUAACACUUCAGAUGUUACGCCUGAUGGAUUUACUUUGGAAAGAGGCUGGUCUAGAUCUUCGAAUAUUGCCUUAUGGAUGUUUAGCAACAGCAGAUCAUUCUGGCUUAAUUGAGGUUGUUUCUACUUCUGAGACAAUUGCAGACAUUCAGCUAAAUAGUAGUAACGUUGCUGCCGCUGCUGCAUUCAACAAAGAUGCUCUCUUAAAUUGGCUUAAAGAAUACAAUUCCGGAGAUGAUUUGGAUCGAGCCAUUGAGACAUUUACUCUAUCUUGCGCUGGCUACUGUGUAGCUACUUACGUGCUGGGCAUAGGAGACAGACAUAGUGACAAUAUUAUGGUCAGGAAGAAUGGCCAGCUCUUCCACAUAGAUUUUGGCCAUAUUCUUGGAAACUUCAAAUCCAAAUUUGGAAUUAAAAGGGAGCGAGUGCCUUUCAUCCUUACCUAUGAUUUUAUACAUGUCAUUCAGCAGGGGAAAACUGGAAACACUGAAAAAUUUGGCCGGUUCCGCCAAUGUUGUGAAGAAGCGUACUUGAUUCUGCGAAAACAUGGAAACCUAUUUAUCACUCUCUUUGCACUGAUGUUAACAGCUGGGCUUCCAGAGUUAACCUCUGUUAAAGACAUCCAGUAUCUAAAGGACUCCCUUGCCUUAGGAAAGAAUGAUGAAGAGGCACUAAAGCAAUUUAAGCAGAAAUUUGACGAGGCGCUCAGAGAAAGCUGGACUACUAAAGUGAACUGGAUGGCACACACGGUCCGGAAGGAUUACCGAUCCUAGAUGGUUCAUGAAUUUGCACUAAGCUUAAUGUUACCCUGACAAUAAAGUAUUAAAAGGGAAACAACAGACCUUUUCUCAAAACAGGACCCAAGGAAAUUGCCUGAACAAUUCCUGAUUUUAUUUUGCACUCUGCUUUGGAAUGCUUCAACAAGAUUCGGGAUUUUGUAACAUUAGCAGAUUCCUCAAUCGCUUCUGCUGACUUUGCACGCUGAAAGCUACUACUAAGCUUUUAUAUUAUUAUUAUUAUUUUGAUACACUGAGAAGCUGUAAAUAUUUGAGAUUUUUUAUGUUUGGACAGUGUUCUCUAACUUGGUCUACAUGGGUAGAGACUUUUUGAAGAUCUGAUUGCUAAACGGCAUCAGAGAUGUUUCAGAUUUCUUUAAUUCUGCUGCAACUGAAGAUUGUUGUAUGUAUAUAUACUAUUUUUUUCUGGCACAAAAGUAUUUGUUCUGCUGUAAAUAACUGCCAGACCAUUCAUUGUACAGCAGGGUGCUGCUUUGUUGUCUUGAACUACUGCCAGAAGAAGAGAGGUUUCUACAUUUAAUAAUGAAAAAAAUAUAUUUAAAGAGACCAUUUUGCCCAAGUGCUCUGUGUUGAUAUAAAUGUAUUGGAAUGUAUGUAGAGCAUAUAUGUUUGGGACAACCUUUUGCUCUUGGAAAUUCCACCUCAACGUUUACUGCCUUUUUGAAUUGUAUUGAACGUUCAGCGAAGGCCUGCAACAUCUAAGCUUUUGAAGACACUUCAACAAAGAGUUUGUCACUGGAAAACCAGCAGGCCACCCAUAACAACUAUAUUAUCUGCACACAUUUGUGUAAAUCACAAAACGGAAAGCAUUAUGCAUCAUAGUCAGGUUUUGUAUAUGCAGCUCAAACUAAGGGAAAUGUAUGUUCAAAACCAAGAGAUUGGGAUUUUAAAAAAUGCUAUAUUAUACCAUUUUUAAACAGUACUCCAGAAGGGAGUCAGACCUGUUCUUUACUACUUAAAUGCCUGCAGCACUGUUUGUUUUGUCAAGGAAGUUUGUGUUUUGCCUAAGUUGAUACAUGGGAGAAACUGGAUUUAUUUUAAUUUAUCCAAUGAGGUACCAUACUUAAAGGUGCUUAUAACAGAAGAGUAAUUCAAGUUAAAAGUGCAAUAGGAACUGCUUGUUUAAAGAUGUAAACAUAAAAUGUUUUGAAACAGUGGCGAGGUGGACUUCUAACUACUGCUUACUCGCCAAAGAACACUGGUAGUUCUUAACUUUGGUGAUGAUUGAUUGAUUGAAUGAAUGAAAGUAAUUAUAUAUAAAGUUGUCUUUGAAUCAGAACAAUGAUUUUAAAUAGGAAUUGCAUUAAAGUCUAUUUUACUUUGUCAAA